AUGUCUGUCAAUGGAGAAGAUCAAAGUUACCAGUUCGACGAAACAUCAGAAGAUGUUGAAUUAAAUGAGACCCAACGUUCAAGUAAUGGUGCCGGGGAUACAAGUUCAGAAGAUCCGGAAUUAGAAGCCAUAAAGGCCAGAGUUCGAGAGAUGGAGGACGAGGCUGAGAAGAUAAGGGCCAUGCAAAGUGAAGUCGAGAAACAAAUGAAUCUGGGGCCUACGACUGUUGCCAUGACUGAGGCCGAUAAAUUAGAAGCAGAUGCCAGAUCAAUAUGGAUAGGCAAUGUUGACUAUGGCACAACGGCCGAGGAACUGGAGGCACAUUUCCACGGAUGCGGUUCAGUCAAUCGAGUUACGAUACUCUGCGACAAAUUCAGCGGUCACCCGAAGGGCUUUGCCUAUGUCGAGUUCGCGAACAUCGAGGCUAUCGAUCCUGCCAUGGCUCUCAAUGAUUCUCUCUUCAGAGGCAGGCAGAUCAAGGUCACAUGUAAAAGAACAAACAAACACGGGUUAACGUCGACAAACAGGCCACCUAGAGGUCGAGGAAUGAGGGCAAGAGGAGGGGGCAGUUACAUGCACCAAUACCCAUCAUACUCGCCUAGAGUUUACAGGGGUCGAGGGGGUUAUGGCAGGUCCAGGAGGCCCCAUUAUUAUAGCCCCUAUUGA